AUUUACUGCAGCGUCGAGACUCUCGAGAGCUGCCACAGCUGGAGAAGGUUAUUCUUUCGUCGACGCUGACUGCGAUUGGGUCAGUUUUUGACUCGUCCAAGUACGGUUUCACACGUGCAUAGUUGCACGCGCGCGGGGGCCACAACACGCUACGCGUCAAGGACGUAGCGUUUUUUUUUGUGCUGUUGGCAGAGCAACUGGGACCUUUAAACCGUUCAGAACCAUUUUCUACGUGAGUGAGAAAGUGCCUUCCUGGAGCCGGAGAGAGCGGCGAAGAGAGUGUUUAUUUAAAAAUCGAUUUGGUGAUAGUAUAGUGACGUAGUUGUGGAAGGAAUCACAUGUGUGUUAAGAAUAUAAGGUUGAAGGGAAGAAAAUUGCAGUAUUAGAAGAACACAAGUACAAUCUACUCUGGGCGAGAAGGGAUUUUAGUGCACAAGUACAAUCCAAGGGAGCUGCACAAACACAACACUGCCAUCGUAAUCGUCGUCGUAGAUCGUGCGAGGAAGAAAAAGUGCACACAGAAUAGUGUGUCCCUAAUUAAAUUUAACAUCAACACAACGUCCGAAGACAACGACGACGGCGAAAAAACAUGAACUCGAAGCCUCCGUCCCCGGCCAACGGAGCAGCAGCCGGGGGAGUCAAUCAGCCGUUCGUGCCGUACAACAUCGACUGGAUCUUCCCCAAGUUACGCCGUCCGUCGCGCCUCUGGCACAUUGCCAGCACUGGAGUCAUCGGCCUCGUCGGGUUCUUCUCAAAGAUCGUGAUCGUAUGGCUCAACAAGGCGCGCGUCCACAACAUCCAGGUGCUCGAAAAUGCCCUGGAGAACCGACCCAAGGAUAUUCCCCUGCUGACGGUGUCCAACCAUCACUCGUGCUUUGACGAUCCUGGGAUGUGGGGACUCUUGACGCUUCGACUGCUGAAGCUGCGAAAUGUGUGCAACAAGAACGUGAUUCGAUGGUCGAUGGCUGCCCACGAUAUCUGCUUUACGAACAAAUUGCACUCGAUGUUCUUUAUGUACGGAAAGUGUAUUCCGGUGGUGCGUGGAGGAGGUGUCUACCAGCCGGCCAUUGAUCUGUGCAUAGAGAAGCUGAAGCUGGGCCACUGGGUGCACGUGUUCCCCGAGGGUAAGGUCAACAUGACCAAGGAGGAUCUCAGGUUCAAGUGGGGCGUAGGUCGGAUUGUGUACGAGACCCCGAUUUUGCCAAUUAUCAUUCCAAUUUGGCACAUUGGAAUGGAGACUGUGCUUCCAAACGAGCCACCCUACUACCUGCGGACGGGCAAGAAGUUGACCUACAACUUUGGUGAACCGAUCGACCUGAACAGCCUGAUGGAAUCACUCCGGAAGGAUCCGGUGAGCGAGGAGCAGGCCCGCAAGCUGAUCACCGAUCGCAUCCAGGAGGAGAUGAUGAAAUUGAAGGAAGAAACGGAACGGUUACACCACGACUACCUGAAGAGCUGAGCCGAGGAGUCGGCCCGCGGCUGAAUCCAGCUCGCCGGCCACUGCUCAAAAAGCAUGCCUUUUACCCCCUCUUAUUCUAAUUGUAAUAAUGUGACGUGCAUGAUGAUUAUUCAUGAUUAUAUUCCAUCCGCCAUUUCUAUGUCUUCAAUGCUCACCUCACCACACCGGACAAUUGACAAACUGAACUAACGUAUAGAGAGAGAACUAGACAACUUUCAAAGCUAAACCAGGAAAGUUCCGAUGCAUUUUUCUCACCUUCACGAACAACAAUCACAAAAACACACACACACUUACGCUAAUGAUAUCGAUUACUACUAUUUCUAUUAUAGUAAGAAGGUUCGAUCAUUUCUAGUCAAAGCUUUUGGAACUCAAAACCGGGGGGGCCGUGAAGUAGUUGGAGAACCUUGGGAUAGAGAAUUACAUAAAAAUGCCUGCUAGGAGAGAAGCAAAGAACAAAAGAAGCAAUCGCGGCGGAGAAGGAGGCUAAGGAAAUAACUUUCUUUUCGGUUCUUCGAAUAGAUUAAGUAGUAGAGUAGUAGAAUGAUUUUUUUUAUUUGACCGGUUAAAUGUUUCAUAGAUUGUAGUUAGCUGAAUGCUUGUUAAGAUCAAUCGUUAAGACAAUAGAAUAAAUUGCUGAUGAAUUAUGAA